GAUCGCAAGACGCAGCUUCCGGCCUCCCGCUUCCUAGACCACCAGAGCCCCGGGAAACCCUAGGAGUGCGGAAGAGGAGAAGGGCGAGCCGGCGGCGCAGCCAUGGCGAAGAACCGGAACAAGAAGAACAAGGCCAAUAACGGCGGCGCCGCCGCAGCCAUGGACACUUCCGAGGGCGGCCCCGCUGCCUCCACGGCCGCGGAAGCUCCACAGCCGAUGGAUACGUCCGUGGGGGAGCAGCCUUCGUCGACGUCGGCGGCGCUCAGUUCGAUCAGUAGGAAAAUAAAAAAAGGAGUGCAGGUAAAAAGGUCCAAAAACGUGAGGAAAGUGAAAGCAAUUGCCAGGGCCAUAUCAAAAAAUGAAAAGUCUGAGGAGAAGAUCCAGAAAGCGAAAAGCAAGAAGACAAGGAUUCAAUCUGCCAAGUCUUUGUAUGAUUGAAGGUUCAGCAGUAAGCAGAGUUUUCUGUACCCAUAGGUUUCUGUCCUGUAUUGGAACCAAAUCUAUUUAUUUCAAAAAAGGAAAAAGGGCAUGCUUGACCUGCA